AUGAUGGAAGAAAGCGGCGAUUUAUUGAGUAUGGCUAGCCCCGCCCCCGCAACCACUGAAGCAACUCCCGCUCCUUCUUCCUUCGCCAAGGUCGGCCAUGAAAAUGACGGCAAAUCCAAGUAUGGGUUUCGUGACGUUGUCGGAUAUGGAAAGAGACCGGUCGUGCCUCAUUGGCCUAACAAGGCCAAGGUUGCUCUCAACUUUGUCAUUAACUACGAAGAGGGAGGAGAAAGAUGCAUCUUGCACGGAGAUGAUGCCAGUGAACACUUGCUGUCCGACAUUCCUGGAGCUACUCCCGAAGUUGGCGGCAGAAACCUGAACAUGGAAAGCAUGUACGAUUAUGGUUCCCGGGUAGGAUUCUGGAGGCUGCACCGCCUCUUUACGGCCAAGAAACUCCCUGUCACUGUCUUUGCCGUCGGUAUGGCUCUUGAGCGCAACAUUGAAGCCUGUGGUGCCAUGAAGGAAGCUGAUUGGGAAGUUUCUUCUCACGGAUACCGUUGGAUCGACCAUUCGAAGAUUGAUGAAAAAACCGAACGAGAAUACCUGGCCAAAACCAUUGAAAUUCACCAAAACUUGCUCGGCAAGCGUCCUUUUGGAUUCUACCAGGGCAAGCCCAGCGAAAAUACCCGUCGUUUGGUCAUUGAAGAAGGAGGAUUUUUGUACGAUUCCGAUUCCUAUGCUGACGAUUUGCCCUACUGGACCAUGGACUAUGCGGAAGGCCGCCCCCAUUUGAUCAUUCCAUACACCUUGACGGAAAAUGACAUGAAAUUUACCAAUGGUGGAUGGUCUGCCGAUGAGGACUUUGCCAAUCACUUGAAGGAGACUUUGCGGUUCCUAGUGGAAGAAGGCCGAGCUGGCCAACCUAAAAUGAUGACGGUCGGUCUGCACUGUCGUUUGUCGCGACCGGGACGAAUUGCCGCCUUGGAGAAGUUUGUUGACUUUGCCAAGUCUUAUGGAAGAGAUGUCUGGGUCUGUACCAGAGAACAAGUGGCCAACCACUGGUAUGAAAACCACUUGCCACGUGGUGUUGGAAACCCAAUCAAGCCCUCUUCGUUUGCUCAAGGAACUGCCAGCAGUUUCUUGGGUGGCCUUGGUCAGGUUGGCGGCGGAUACGGCGGAGGUCCAGACCCCGUCCCCGCGUACCCCACUGGAAAUACUUCGUAUGGAAGCAAUUCAGGCGGCUAUGGAAGUAAUUCAGGAGGAUAUGGAAGCAGACCAUCCUAUGGAAGCAGCGGCGGUAACGCAUCCAGUUCCUCCUUUAGCAACCCCGCCAGCAAAUUUUCAUACUUGGGCAACCUUACUGCACCAAGAGAUUCCUCGGCAGAGGACAAGAGCAAUUCAAUCAAGGCUGCUGCCCAAGUUCCAGAUGGAGAUAUUAUCUAA